CGAAAAGGGUGCGGGGUCUUUACCCGCCAGACUAGAGGUGUAGGUACAAGUUCGCACAAGUGGUCCCUACGGUACCCCCAAAAUACCACCCCGGUCCGUAGCCUGAGGUCUCUAGUGUGAGGUACAAGCUGGUACCGUGGGAACGAAAGUCCUGCCGAGCAUAGCACACUAUUUUGAUGACAACGCGCGAUUACCAUGUCGAGCAGCUUGACGAUGAACGCAUACUCGAGAAUUUUUUAACUUGUUUUCGUGAUCUUGACAAGUCCAACACUGAUCAGUGCAAGUAUGUCCUUAGACUGAGAUCUAUCAUCGCGGGCACCGCUCGGACUAUUGUCAUAGAAUUGGACGACUUAAGGAUUUUCUCAAAAAACGAGGCGAAUCACCCUUUGAAUUAUCCUAACAUAUCGGGAUUACUCAGACAAUCAUUUAUUUAGGCUCUAUUGUUACGGGUUACCGACAAUGCGUCUCGAUACCUAUCAAUUAUUCACAAAAUCACUGAAAGAUUAAUCGUAGAGUUGGAACGGGAGUCAGGUUCAACCUCUUCUGAUCAUUUGAUGCGGUGGCACGAGACACGGCUAUUGCCGCCAUCCACUGUCCAAACUCUUCCCCUGCGACGUUUAAAAGCGGCGAACAUCGGACAUCUAGUGAAGCUUCGUGGUAUAGUCAUACGUGUCUCUGAUGUUAAACCUCUUGCAAAAGUUCUGGCCUACACUUGUGAAAGUUGUGGGCAUAAAUUGUACUAUGACCUGUCGCGCAAAACUGAAUUUUUACCCCCAUCAACUUGUGAAUCAGAAUAUUGCACCAACAACAAUACAGUAGGGCUCCUCUAUCACCAUUCGCGUGCAUCAAAAUUCGUCAAGUACCAGGAGUUAAGAAUACAGGAGCUGCCAAGCCAAGUUCCAGUUGGUAAUGUCCCAAGAUCAAUUACCGUGCAAUGCCGUGGCGAAUUGACUCGCCACUGCACGCCAGGUGAUACUGUAUUUGUGUGUGGUAUUUUCCUGCCUCAAUCCCCUGGCGGUAACAAGGGCGCCACAACGGGACUCGAAUCUGACACCUUCUUGGAUGCGACUCAUAUCACGAAGGAAAAACAGAGUUUUUGGGAGCUAGACAAGGAUUCAAAUGCUGAAAAUAGAAUAGACAUGUUGGCAAACUCACAAAACGCGUAUUCACGGCUCUCUCAGUCGAUAGCUCCUGAGAUUUUUGGCCAUGAGGAUGUAAAAAAAGCUUUGCUUCUACAGCUGGUGGGAGGGGCAUUCCGAACCCUAGACGAUGGCGUAAACCUUCGUGGUGACAUUAACGUCUGUCUUAUGGGGGAUCCUGGUGUUGCCAAGUCUCAACUUCUAAAAGCGAUUGCUGCUAUUAGUCCCCGUGGUGUGUACACGACUGGAAAGGGAUCUUCAGACGUAGGGCUGACGGCGGCGGUAGUCAGAGAUGCAGUCACCUCAGACACUUCACUUGAGGGGGGGGCAUUGGUACUUGCUGACUGUGGUGUCUGCUGCAUAGACGAAUUCGACAAAAUGGAUGAAUACGAUCGCACCGCUAUUCAUGAAGUCAUGGAGCAGCAAACAGUUUCCAUCGCCAAAGCUGGAAUCACUACAACAUUAAAUGCUAGAACCGCAGUCCUGGCAGCGGCUAACCCGCUGUAUGGUCGCUAUGUGAGAAAUAAGACACUGGCUGAGAAUGUCAAUCUUCCAACUAGCCUUUUAUCCCGUUUUGAUCUCAUGUUCAUUUUGCUUGAUCGACCUGAGAUUCAAGCUGAUGUGGCGCUGGCACGCCAUGUUACUCACGUUCAUAGCUUUCUCACAAAUCCAAAGCUGAAAUGUGACACUUUUGACGCGACGUUUCUUCGACAUUACAUUGCUCAAGCCCGUCAGUUUGUGCCCUUCCUGCCUGCAGAUCUUUGUAAUUCUGUUGUUGAGACUUAUGUGAGCUGGCGCCAGUCAUCUGCCACAAGUAAUCAACGCUCUGCGACCCCACGGCAGUUGCUAUCUAUCUUGCGCCUGUCUCAAGCCCUCUCACGUCUUCGUUUUGACGAGAAAGUGAAUCAAGAAGAUAUAAAUGAGGCCUGUCGCUUGGCAACUCUGUCACAAGCAUGGACAAACCUUGAAAGAAGCACAGGUGGAAUUACUGUUGACGGUAAGUCGAGGGCAUUUAGUAUUCUCUGUGACUUUGCAAGUAAAGCAGCUACAAUUGUAUUUAGCUACCAGGAGAUCAUGAGUGUGGCUGUGAAGCAUGCUAUUCGAGAGGAUGAAUUUCUUGCCAUGCUAGAAGAGUAUGAGGAGCUAGGGGUGAUACACGUCGACUUAGAUCGCACUCGAAUUCACUUCUCUUGAGCGAAAGGAAUAGCCCCAGUGUGGCCCUGGAUUUUUGAGGGUGCAUACCGAGUCGGGAGUGACACCCAAGAAUCUAAUAAUCUCGAAUCGUGCGCGGUGAAUCAUUGCAUGUCAUGCUCCUAUCUUUCCAGGAAGAAAGGUCCUUCUAUAAGGUUUAGGGGUUUGGGUUUCAAAAUGCAAUUUAGGAGGAACAUCUUAGCAUAAGCACAGCAGCAGGAACUUCUGGAGACAAAAAGUGAACUGGAAAAUUGUCACCAGAGUAAACGUCGUGGUGGCUAGGCGGCCUGGCUCUAAGCAAAGCAACCUCUUCCCACAAACGUGAAGUUUAGGGUUGGGGUGCGUUGUUACUUCUAGUAAUUUUCGCCACUUUAGUGUGCAAUGAGUAUCUAUAAUGAGUAAUAUUUGUUUUGCGUU